AUGGGAGUUCCAAAAUUUUAUCGAUGGCUCUCGGAACGUUAUCCUUGUCUUAGCGAAGUUAUUAGUGAUGCACAGAUCCCAGCAUUCGAUAAUCUCUAUUUGGAUAUGAACGGAAUUAUACAUAAUUGUUCACAUCCAAAUGAUGAUGAUAUUACAUUUAGAAUCACUGAGGAACAGAUUUUCAAUGAUAUUUUCGCUUAUAUAGAAAAGCUUUAUCGCAUAAUUCGUCCUCAGAAGGUGUUCUUUCUUGCCGUGGACGGCGUAGCUCCAAGAGCCAAAAUGAAUCAGCAGAGAGCUAGACGUUUUAUGUCUGCUCGCACAGACCUCGAACAAUUAGAGAAAGCAAAGUCUCAAAAACAAGAAGUGCCUUUGGAAAAGAAAUUUGACAAGAAUUGCAUUACUCCCGGAACGUCGUUCAUGGAUGCUCUCCAUCAAAAACUAAGCGAUUGGAUUGAAGAAAAAAUAAAUGGAGAUCCUGCGUGGCAGGGACCACGAAUUUAUCUUUCUGGAUAUAAUUGUCCGGGUGAAGGUGAACACAAGAUUAUGGACUUCAUACGUACUGAAAGAAUUUCUGAGAAUUAUGAUCCUAACACACGCCAUUGCAUGUAUGGGUUAGAUGCUGAUUUGAUCAUGCUGGGAUUAGUCUCACAUGAGCCACACUUCUCUCUUCUUCGUGAAGAAGUCAAGUUCAAUCCUCCUACUCGCAAGAAGAAGAAGGAAGCACCAAAACGGGUUUCCACAAAUGAUAUAACUUUCCAUUUGCUGCAUUUGUCAUUACUCCGAGAGUACUUAUCCUGGGAAUUCCGUUCGCUCGAGUCGAAGCUGAGCUUUGAAUAUGAUUCUGAAAGAAUUGUCGACGAUUGGAUUUUGAUGGGCUUUUUGAUUGGUAAUGACUUCAUUCCCCAUCUACCCAACAUCCACAUUCACGACGAUGCGUUACCUUUCCUUUACGAAACUUACAAGAAGGUUUUGCCCACUCUAGAUGGUUAUAUUAAUGAAUCGGGUUACUUGAAUCUCAAACGGUUUGAAGUUUUCUUGAAAGCUGUUGCUUUGAAAGACAAAGAUCAAUUCGUCCAGGUCAUGGAUAAUAUCGCAUUCUUUAAAUCUAAACGAAGUGAUAAUGAACCGGGAUAUGAAGAUGAAGAGUUGUUGGAGAACGACGAAGAGCUCCAGAAGUUUGAAGAUUCUGAUAUGGAAAACGAUAGUGAAUCAGAGGAUCCACAACCAAGCUCUUCCAAAGAUUUGGCGUUCUUAAGUAGCGACGAAGAAGAAGAUGUUAAGAAAAGUUCGAGUGAUUUGGACAUCGCUAGUGCUUCUGAUCUUGCAUUCGCCUCCACUGAAGAUGAUCCAGUCAUCGAUGAAAUCACAGAGGCUCUCGCACUGGCAGAGUUCAAAGAUAUGGAUGAGAAAGAGUUCGAGAAUAAAGUAGAGAACAUCUGGACAAAAGCUAUUGGAAAUGAUUUCAAAAGACAUAAAAGAUCUUAUUAUAGCGAUAAGAUGAAACUCAAAAAUAUCACGAGAGAUCAAGUUAAGCGACAAUCAGAGGGUUACGUAAGAGCUAUUCAGUGGAUUUUGCAUUAUUACUACCAUGGGUGUGUUUCAUGGAGUUGGUAUUUCCCACAUCAUUAUGCUCCAUUCAUAUCUGAUGUAACUGACUUCUCCACAAUGGAUAUGAGCUUUGAUAUGUCUCAUCCAUUCAGUCCUUUUGAACAAUUGCUUGCUGUUCUCCCAGAAUCUUCUGGAGACUCUGUGCCAAAAGUUCUUAGAGAACUAAUGAAACCAGAAUCUACUAUUUCGGACUUUUACCCUGUCAACUUUGAUACUGACCUCAACGGAAAAAAGAACGAUUGGGAAGCUGUCGUUCUCAUUCCUUUCAUUGAUGAGAAGAGACUGUUAGACGCAAUUACGGAGAAAAUUGGUGGACUUACUGAAGAAGAGAAGAAAAGAAAUACACAUGGUGAUCAUUUGUUGUUCCAAUGUGUUAUGAAGGAUGGAAAGAAGGAAGCUAGCAAGACUUUGGUUGAUAAGGAUUUGUUCCGUAUUUCCAAGGAAAAGGUGCAAUGGGGAUUAGCACCUGGUGUUAAGCUGGAUGUGUACUUCCCUGGCUUCCCCACCAUGAAGCAUAUACCACACAAAGCGUAUCUGAAAAGUAUCAACGUUCGAGUGUUCCAAUCGAACAGUACAAGACCAUCUAUGAUCUUAGAACCUUUAGAGAGGCCUAACUUUGCUAAGGAUCUAUUGGAAGUAUCGUUUGACCUUAUCGAUAAGGAAGUGUUCAUCGAUUGGCCUAUACUAAAGUCUGCCAAAGUAUACUCCAUCUGGGGUCCAGAACACAAAUACCAACGACAGCGAUAUGAUGAAGUGACUCAAAUUAACUUAACUGAAGAUGAAAAACUGUUAUACUCCAAGUAUCUCAUUAAUAUACGGGAAAGACUAGUUAGUCGUUAUGCAAUAGUCGCUGACAAAGUUGAAGCUAUAGUUUUUGUUAAAAAGUUCUUAGGAAUUGUGUAUGAAGUAAACGAUGAUUCUGUAGUACCUGUGAAGCAAUGGAGCUCUGAUAAUCGAUUGAUCCCGGUUCUUUUACCUCUUCUAGUCACGGAUAUAUCCACCAGUGAAGGACGUUUGUUAAGCCCCAUGUCUAUUGAAGAAGCCUAUCCAGCAAAUACAAGAGCAUUUGUUUUGGAUCCUAGCUGGAAGGGAUAUGGUUUUCCUAGCAUAGUUGAGAGCCAUGUUCAAUAUCCGGAUGGAACAAAAAAAACAAAUGUCAGCAGUGCUAUUUAUGAGCAACCAUCCUUUGAACCAUUGCUCAAUGACAUGAAGAAGUAUUCUCUUCACUGGUUCAAAGCGUACGACGCUGCUCGUAAACUAGGAAUGAAUCGAAAAGUUCUCAGUCGUAUCACAGCAUUCAUUCCUUUGAUUGACGGUUCAAAAUCUAACUUUUUAGUUAACGGAAGUUACAACAAGAAGGUUAAUAUAGGGUUAUCUAUACGCUCCACCAAGAAUAGUCAAGAGGCCUUCAAUUUCACAAAGCUUGUUGAUGGCAGAGACUGGCUCUAUUCUUCACCAUGUGUUAAUCUUUUGGCUGAGUAUAAAGAGAGAUUCCCGGAAGUCCUGGAUUUCCUGGAAAGACAGAAGAGAUAUGAGGAGGUUUUGUUUGCUGAAGACAUAUGGACUAACGCAAAGAAACGAACUGAGCGUCUCGAAGCAUUAUCUACCUUUUUAUCUGAAGCUAUAACCAAAAACAUUGGGUUGAAAGAUAGUGGCACCGAGUAUAUCGAUAAUGUGAUGAUAGCGCAUAUGGAAGAAAUUAUCAAAAAGACACCUAAGACUGUAUUCGGACUCAAAAGCGUUGUCAACCCCAAAAGAUUGUUCCGAGCUGAAUUGUUUGAAGGCAAAGUCUUACCAGAUCCAAAUGUGGAAUUCCAGCUUUUCGACAGAGUUGUUAACAUUUCAAGUUCCUCCGGUGUACCCUUUGGACUACAGGGUACUGUGAUUGCUAUAUUAGCAGACACUAUCGAAGUUUUAUUUGAUAAGCAAUUCAAAGGUGCCUAUGCCAAGGGUGCUCUAGAGAGCUGUGCAACAGUUCAAUUGAGUUCACUCGUUAAUAUAACGUUUGGAAAGGAACGAGCAAGUAAGACGAACAAAAAAAAGGAGCCUGCUCAACAAAAAUCUCCCGAAAAAGUUGAGUACGCUCAGCGCAAAGCAGACAAGGCUGGUUACAAGCAGAAUGCACAUCCCAGAAACAAUGAUCAAUUCAAUAACAGUCGGAACUAUAAUAAUAAUCCCGGAAGUGGUAGAUCCAACCAAGACUUUCCUAAACAUCAGAAGCAUAAACCUAAUGAUUGGGGCAAGAAGCAUUCCAAGCACGAUCGCGAUCCGCGGGAAACUUCGAUGAAGAAUGAGAUGAAGAAUGAGAAGCCGACUGCGCCUGUAUAUAAAAUUCUGAAGAAGAACCAGGAAGCUGAAGCUGUAACAAUGAGACAAGAUCUUAUGAACAUACUUGGCAUCCCUAAUAAUCCUCCUAAUGAUGCGGCAGAUGUGAAACAACCUAAAAAGAAGAAGGGAUCCCAUAGUGACAAUAACGAGAGAAAGUCUCGAGAAAGUUCCGAUAGCAAACCUGUUGAUCUCAAUCGAGAAAGUUCAGAUAGCAAACCAGCAGCUCUGAAUGCUCCUAAGAAACAUUCGCAAAAGCCAACCCCUGAGGAAUUAACAAAAGAAAUAAAAGUCUUUGUAGAAGAGCUUCAGGCUCUUGGAAGAGAAAAGAAUCCCCCCGUUGUUGAUGUUACCAAUACUCCGAAAGCGGUUGUAUCUGAGAAUAAAUCAGGAUCAGAUCUCAUCGCGAACUUAUUUGAAAAUGCUACAUCUGCAGAGAAGAAGAACUCUGGAAUGGCCGAGUCUCCAACAGAAAAGAAAAAUAAGAACAGAAACAGCCCAAGACACAAUCAAGGAAAUCAUUACCGUUCCAAACCCGUGCAGCAUCCUAAACUAACUGAUCUGAAACCAAGCACGGUUUCCAAGCCGAUCAAAAACAGACCAAAGAAGCGGCUUCCUAAUAGACCCACUGAUGGAUCAGAUAAUAACAAAGUUAAAGAAACACCGAGCACAACAGAGAAAGUGGAAUCGAAAAAUGAAAAGAAUGGAACAAGUUUGCCUGUGCAAGAGGUUCCGGCAUCAACGAAAGAACGAAAGCCCAGGCUAGCUGCUAGAUUUGGACCAAAUUAA